AUGAGCACUUCAAACCGUCCUACGUACUUCUGCACCCGCCCUACCGGCACCCUGACUCCACUCAUUGCGAUGGACGAUCUGCCCGAUCAUGUCCAUAUUCAUGGCGUCCCGCGCACUAUAACUGUUGCGGAGACCCAUGGCAUGACCAGUUGCGGCAUUUCGAUGGCUCGCAAUGAGGCCUGGGUUAUUGAAGACCUCAAUAUCCUUGCGAAUCGCACCUACAUUACCUCGGAAUCCCUUAUUGAGCUGCAGCGUCUGCUCAACAUUAUGAUCACUGACCCAAAUACCACCCCGAACCUGCGUGCUGCUGCCCAGAGCUUCAUUUACCGUGGCAUUGAUCCAACCAUCCCCAUCGAAGGCAUUCCCAAUGCCAACAACAUGGCUGUGGCUCUGUCCAACGCUCCCGCUGUUCAGUCCACCGAUGCAAAUGGUGGAACUGGUGGCGGCAGUGCCACUGGUAGCGGCAGUGGAAAUGGCAAGCACCACAACAGCAAGAAGGAGUACUGCUCGUACUGGAUCCGCCACGGCGAGUGCGACUACCAGCAACAGGGUUGCCUCUACAAGCAUGAGAUGCCCACCGACCUGGCCAUGCUGGAGCGUCUGGGCCUUCGUGACAUCCCACGUUGGUAUCGCGAGAAGUUCAAUGUCCACAGCCUCCUGGGCCAGGGUGGCCCUCGUGCUCCGAGCCUGACCAACGAGCAGCAGAGCAACGUCAAGGCGAUCGAGUACAACCAGCAGAACGCCCCUCAGAGCCCGCCUCAAACCACCUCGCAGGUUAUCACUGGGGAUAUCGUCGCCCGAGCCAUUACGAGCGUUCGGAAAAUCACCAAUCCCCAGCCUGCUCCGGGCGCUGGAAUGAUGCAGGUUUCCACUGCUCCUCCAAUUGCUCCAUUUAAUUCCAACCAGCACCAUGCGCCCCUCUAUGUCCAUACUGGACAGCGUGCUGUGAGUGGACCUGCUUUCGCCAACAUCUCGGCUGCCGGUCCUCCCCAAACCUAUUCUGAUGGCUCCUAUCCUAACGUUGACCACUUGACCAAAUUUGAUCUGCUGACAGAUCUUGAUGAGGAGGGGCAUCCUACUUACGACCAUGGCCCUGCUCACAGCAACUAUGGAGGUUAUCCUGGUGGCGCUACUGCGUCGAACACCCGUUUCUUUAACAAUGACGAUAGAGACACAGAACACUACACCCCCACUGUCUCCCAGCCCAAACAUUGGGAGAAGCGCAACUGGCGCGGCAGGGCGCGUCGUCUGUGGGACAACGAGACGAACUCUUCCAACGGUGGUGUGCAGAUCAAGGAUAAUCGUCUCGUCGACCCAUUCCGAUCCCGUCCCUACUACUACCGCCACCGCAAGGUCGGCACUCCCACUGAUGGCGCUCAGUCCGUUGGCUCUCCCGAGCCUCCGGAGCAUCUCAAUUCCCCCAUCAGCGAGCUAGUUGCCGAUAGCGAGCCUCUUGACCAGAAUGAGGUGCUACACCACUGGGGUCUGAUCGGUUCCCGUCGCCAGCAUUCGAAGCGCGAUAGCAAUGCCACGAUAAAGCCUGGUUCUUCGGACUUCUGUCUCAUGGAUGGUUCUUCCACCAACUCCAAGUAG